AUGUCCGCAGGCACCCUCUACACCUUCGUAGGCUCCGGCAACAGCUACAAAGUCCGGCUGCUGGAGAAGCUUCUCGGCAUCGAGCUCAAGCACGAAGAACUCGAUUUUCUCGCCGACGAGCAACAUCAAGAAAAGUUCCUCAAGAUCAAUCCUCGCGGGGAAGUGCCAUGUCUUGUAGACGGCGACAAGACAUUCCACGACUCCAGCUCUAUCUUAACGUGGUUGGCGGGAAAAUGGGGCGAUGGAGGGAAAGCUCAAGGUCCGUCUUCGUAUUGGUCAAGUGAUCUUUAUGAGCAGGCGCAGAUUAUCAAUUGGCUCUCCUUCGCCAACAGCUGGGUCCAGUAUGGCGUCUUCACGAACCGGGCCAUCCUCUCCUACAAUGGGCCCUACAACGGCCUCGGCAACAAUCAACAAUGGCCACAAUCCAAACUUGACGUCUUCCUCGAAGAGGGCGAAAUCCGCGGAAACUACUCCCUCAAAGUCCUCAACAGCCACCUGACCGAUAACGACUGGCUCGCCGUAGGGCGCCCGACGAUCGCGGACAUCAGUGUCUUCGUGUAUGUGGCGUUGGCACCGAUGGGGGAUAUCAGCCUGGAGCCGUAUCCGAAGGUGUUGGCGUGGAUCGAGAGGAUUAAGAAAUUGCCCGGGUUCUUUGCGAUUGAGGGGUUGGAUCAGCCGUUACUGCAUGUGCAGAGGUGGAAGAGUGCUGGGAGGACGGAGCCGAAGAACGUGAAAAAAUAG